UUGACGUAUAUGUUACUAUUCUUAAAGGAUAUAUCUCCGAAACGUGGCUACAGUUUAUGUGGGGUGCAGCUAUUCUGCCUUAAGUGCACUGCUAGCUGACGUAGACGAAUGAAAUAUUCAAUUGGGACUAGAAAAAAGGGAUUAAGGAUAGCCCGUGCUUUUACAUUCCAUAAUACCAUGAGUUAUUCAUACAACAAGUCCCUACUCACAUGUUGCGAGCAUAUGUAUGCUGAUGGACUUUCCGUCCGGGUUCUUGUGACGUUUCUCGUCUUGAAAAUUGAAAUUAGAUUCAGUGCGUGUUGUAAUGAAGUGUUGAACUCUAACACCAAAUGGUGAUUUAUGCAAUAUAUUGAUGGCUUGAGAGAACGACUUGAUGUAUGAUAUAAUCUAAUAUGCUUGUAGGCGUAGUGCUAUUCCUUUGAAGUUUAUUUGUACCGAAAGCAACAGGGAUAAUACCAUAACAUUAACUCGGGGCAAUUAGCAGACUGCCGAUGGAUUGGAUGUGUAGCCAAACCCACCACGUGACCAGGUAUAGUGCAUUAUAUAUAUAGUGUAGAUGAGCGGAGUAAUCUGAGCUUAUGCCAGCAAUCUCAAUUUUCUGAACAAAGACAUAUACAACAAUGACAACGAAAACAUUUUCAACGAAUGCAACAAGUUUGCAUCAGAACAGUACCGGAAGUGACGUCAAGUUGACUGUUGACGAAUGGAAUGACGCUGUGGCAGGGAUUCUUGUGCCAUUGACGGUGAUUCUUGUAUUAUAUCUGGUCGUGGGAUGUUUUGGAAAUCUUUCAGUGAUCUACGUUUACUGGUGUCAGAUUCGAACCCCCAACAAUGAACGAUUUUUCAUUCCUAUCUUGGCACUCGUAGACAUGAUUUCCUGUGCAGUUUGUGCAGGGUCAGGCGUGUAUGCCAACAUGCACCCACUCAAGUUCGAGAGUGAUAUUGGCUGUAAAUUAGUAGCGUUCCUCGGCGUUCUGUUCGCAACUCUGUCAGCUGAUUUACUUGUCAUUAUAGCAGUGGAUAGAUUUCUGAAGAUUUGUUUCCCAUUUGGAACGCAAAUGACGCUUUACUGGAAGCGAGUGUCUCUGAUGGCCAUGUGUAUCGUUAGCACCUUCAUUGCGCUUCCUGCCCUGUUUGUGUAUGGUUCAGUACCUGUAGUAAACCCGGUUUACAACCUUACGGGUUGGCGAUGUGUGAAUGUCGUACAAAAUGGCCGUCGUCCUGUUUGGGAAUUAUUCUACAAAGCCUUGCUGUUUGAUUAUGUAAUGUUACGCUUCAUUGUUCUAACUAUAAUGUAUGUGAGGAUUGGGAAAGUGAUUUGUAAACAUUUCAAACGUCACGCAAACAGGGGUCAGUGCGCGCGUGCUUCGCAAUGUGUUUCGUCAAGCUCAACACAGUUGAAUAAUGAAGUAAGUGCAGUGUAUGGUAACAAAGGAAGUAGUUUUGGUUUUCUGGAGAAGUAUUGCUGUAAGAAAAGGUCUCUUAACAGAGCUGCGUCAGAAUUUGAUUCUGUCCGGAAAGGACGUGAUAGUGUACAUGCCCAUAGGACAGACAGGAAAGGAUUGAGAUUGACGUUUGUGUUCAUGCUUAUAACUGGUAUCUAUAUUUUAACUUUUGGACCAAAAGUUGUACUUAUGACGUUCGAAACUAUGAAUGAGCGGUUCUGGACGACAAUGACUUCCGGGGAACUUGUCGGUUUCCGGUUUCUAUAUACAUUAUUUAUCGUUAAUAAUGUCGUCAAUCCAUUUAUCUAUGGUUUCCUAGAUGACUACUUCAGAAAAGAACUUGGUAAAUUAUGUGUGCUACCACAUAACAGAUAAAGAUCAUCAUCAUCAUCAUCAUCAUCAUCAUCAUCAUAAUCAUCAUCUAUUUCGUUGUCACCAUCAACAUCGCCUAUUUCCUGAUUAAGAGUCUACAUCUUAGUUUUCCCAUUAAUGUCACAAAAAGAAAUAUUUUUAAGACAGGUUAGUAGUUUGCUUUUUAAACGAUCGAAUUGGAUAGGUUAGUUGUUCAACUGGCCGGAGUAGACAGGUUAACAGGUUGUUGGAACUUAUAAAACGAUAAUGACUUUUUGAAACUACAGAGGAAUGACAAGAAAUGUCGAAACUUAACGGGAAUUAUUCCGCCAAAUGAGAUCUAACGGGGAAAACAGUCAACACUAAAAACGUUGUAUUCAAAAUAAAGAGAGGAUUAAGUAAACGAAGCGCUGAUUUACAAGUUUUUUUCCCUAGAGGUACAUAUUUGUAGUAGAUCAGUUUAAUUAUCUUAAUGAGUGCAUUGAACUACAUAUAAACAAUGGUAAAUUCAGAGACGCGCAAAAAAACAUAUUGCCGACUAAGGUUAAAAAAACACUUUUUGAUGUAUGAAUUACAGAGAUUAAACUAUUUUUACAUUGAAAGCGACAAGUCCGUUAUUAGAUUUAAAAGUAAUUUGAGUGAUGAAUAUUUUGGGAUUUCGAUUAUAAUUUACACGAUGUAUUGAAAAAGAAGUUACUUACUUUUCUGUAAGCGUCUUAAUUGGUGUACCAGUGACUAAUGAAUGACAUGACAUCUGACAAACUUAAAAGAUGCCAAAUUGUGUGUAUAGUUCUAUAAUUUAUCAUUAACAAUAAUGGAUCAAGAGUAGAAAAAAGUCUAAUAAAGUCUUGUGAGAGUGACUUAUCAACAAUAGCAUAUUGAGAAAAGCUGUACGUAUGGGAUAAAUGAAUACCUCUCCGUAACAAAAGGCAUGGGAGAAUUACAUAACAGAAACAACAUUACUUAUAUUGUUAACCAAUGGCUAUAUGACUACUUAAAAAAUGAAAAUAAACGUGAUUCAUUUUUGAAAAACCUAUUACAUUAACAUGUAUGUAACUCUCGACAUCAAUGUCUAUUCUUUUAAUAAAAGGACGCUGCUAAAACAUUGAAAAAUGUUGUCCAAUUUGUUUAUAUUGUGACAUACAAUUACAUUUAUUUAAGUAAAAAAUGUGAUAUAACAGUAUCAAAUUCAAAUCCAUAAAGGAUAUGUAAUGGUUUCCCAUUAAUUAUAAUGAAUAUUUCACGAGUUUUAUACUAGUGCAUGGCUCGAAUGGAAAAAUGGCAUCUUAACAUUCUGGUAAAAUAUACAAUAUCUAGAUUAUAUUUAACGGGAAAAUAACCAUUAAUCAUUAUAACUACUUUAUACAAAACAUGACGCCUUUAUCUAAUGACGCUGUGCUUGACAAGAUUGUGCACCAUUUUGUUAACACAGUAUUAUCGUUUUCUGUUCAGUUUUGCAGUUCGGUAUCAUUUACAAAACAAUUGUAUCAGUUGUGUAUUUACCUGUUGUUAGUAUCUCAGUAUCAGUAGCGCAAGAUUUACUACAUAUCAAAAAGCACAUAAUUCUACUCUCGCUUCACCUGCAUAUAAACAGAUUUGUCGAUUUUUAAUGCAGUUACUAGAAUGUUCUGUUCUGAUUGGUUAAUAGGCUACCAAGUAGAUAUAUUCACACUGUGGUAGCUAUAACUUUUGAUAUCCAUGUAGUAAGAUAUCAACUUUAUCAAUUUGAUAGAAUCCAUUAUAACAUGUGUAAAUACCUGAUUGUGAAAUUGGCUGUUAAACUCAAGACCUACAUGUCCACCUAAAUAUGGUGAUCUCGGGCUGAAACGGAAUGGACUAUGGAAAUUAACUUACUUUAUGAUAACUGCCAAACAUUUUACUGGCAAACAUUGAAUAAACUGGGUGUACCACACACAUUUGUUUAUCUGACGUCUCAUAUUGCACGAGUAAAUUCCACGUGUA